UGGGUGAAUUGUUCAGCUCAGGGUGAGUUAACAGACUCUGAUCCUGAGGACACAGAGGAAGUGACGGAGGUGGUGUGUCUGGAGUCAGAUCUUCAGGAUGGACAGAUGAAGGAGGUGGAUGUUGGGCGUCACAGUGUGUUGUUGACACGUUGUGAGGGGAAAUACAGCGCUAUUGGUAACCAGUGUACACAUUAUGGGGCUCCACUCAGUAAAGGGUUUUUUUCAGGAAACAAACUGCGCUGCCCGUGGCAUGGCUCCUGUUUUAAUGUCCUCACAGGAGACCUGGAGGAGUUUCCAGGCAUGGAUUCUUUACCGUGCCACAAGGUCAAAAUUGAAAACAAGAAAGUUUAUGUGUCAGUAAAUAAAAAGAGCCUCCGGCAGCAUAAAAGACUACAGAAGAUGGGAGCUGCAGUUCCAGGAAUCAUUCAUAAUAUUCUGCUGCUGGGAGGAGGAGCUGCAUCACUUACGUGCGCUGAGACGCUGCGGCAGGAAAACUUUGGUGGCAGAAUUAUCAUGGUCACCAGAGAAGACCUUUUACCCUACGAUAAAACUCGACUGAGCAAGGUGAUGAAUGUGUUCAGUGACACCAUCAUGCUGAGGAGCAUGGAGUUUUUCCAUCAGUAUGACAUAGAGGUUUGGCUUCGGAAAGAAGCACUGUCAGUGGACAUGGACAAGAAGAUGGUCACAUUUGAUGAUGGUACAGUCCAGAAUUACGACCAGCUCCUCCUUUCGACUGGCUGCAGAGCAAAGGGUCUGGACUUGCCCGGCAUGAAGCUGGACAACGUCAAGAUGCUGGAGACGCCUGAAGAUGCGAGACAAAUCCAUGCUUCCUGUCUGGGCUGCAACGUCGUCCUUUUGGGAACUUCUUUUGUCGGAAUGGAAAUUGCAUCCUAUUUGUUGGACAAAGCCUCGACUAUCACAGUGAUCGGGAGCAGCGAGGUGCCGUACCAAAACACAUUUGGUCUGGAGGUCGGAAAAAUCACCAUGAUGAUGCUGUUGGAGAAAGAUGUGAGAUUCCACAUGAUCGAUAGUGUGACAGAGAUCAGAGGAAUGAAUGGAAAGGUGAAAGAGGUUGUGCUUAAAAGUGGAAAAGUUAUCCCAACCGAUGUUUUGAUCGUGGGCAUUGGCAGCAUCCCAAACACAGAAUACCUGAAAGGCACUAAAAUACAGACAAACUCAAAGAACUUUGUUAUAGUUGACAAGUGCAUGAGGACAAAUGUUCCUGAUGUGUUUUGCGCCGGCGACAUGGCCUUCUUUCCUCUGACGAUAGCCAAAAACCAGCUAGUCAACAUUGGGCACUGGCAGAUGGCGCAAGCUCAGGGGAAGAUAGCUGCUCUGAAUAUGCUAAACAAAGCAACUGAGCUGACCUCUAUUCCUUUCUACUGGACUGUCCUUCUGAAUAAAACCAUCAGAUAUGCAGGUUACGGGGAGGGAUACACUGAGAUUGUGAUGAAAGGACAAUUUCAGUUUGAGGAGAGGAAGUUCCUAGCUUUGUACAUCAAGGACGAUGAGGUCAUAGCGGCAGUGGGCCUCAAUUAUGAUCCAGUAGUGUCUGCGGUAGCUGAGCGACUCCUCUCAGGAAAAGUCAUCACUAAGGAAGAAGCUCAAUCAGAUGAUCCAAGCUGGCUGCAGGUGUCCUGAGCUCAAAUCACCUGUUCACAUGAAAUCCUUCACUGAUCAAGAUAAGCUCCUAUCCCAAGAAUAUAACCCCAACCCAGGUUGUCAGGGGUGCAAACAAAACACAGCACUCCUCUGAGAAAAGUGCUCAGUUUGAUUUAUUAGGAGGGUAUUUGGUUUAAAAAAAAAAGAUUUGUGGUAAAUUAUUACAAUGACAUUGAUACAUCCUGAUCUCAUAGCUUUUUUUUUGUGUGUUUUUAAACAUCUCAUUAUUAUGUGGAUUUAAGUUUUUGCCAUAAAUCUGCCUUUCUGGGACUUAAAGGUGCAAUGUGUAAGUUUAAAGUAAGAAUUCUACAGUGAAAAAAUGCCAAAGCUGUCUAA